UCCCCGGGAUACUGAGUGCCUUGCAGUGAAGUGAUCUUUUCGUUAGGACCAACGCAUAGUAUUUAGUGCAUUUCUUUUUAUUAUUUGAUCGCAACCAGAAACAACCGAAGCAAAAAUGUGUGAUGAAGAUGCAGCUGCUCUCGUUGUGGAUAACGGAUCUGGAAUGUGCAAAGCUGGAUUCGCUGGAGACGAUGCACCGCGUGCCGUUUUUCCGUCCAUUGUUGGACGUCCUAGGCAUCAGGGCGUGAUGGUCGGUAUGGGUCAGAAAGACUCGUAUGUCGGUGAUGAGGCUCAAUCUAAACGUGGUAUUCUCACUCUGAAAUAUCCAAUCGAGCACGGCAUUAUCACGAACUGGGAUGAUAUGGAAAAGAUCUGGCAUCAUACUUUCUACAAUGAAUUACGCGUAGCCCCGGAAGAACACCCUGUCCUGCUGACCGAGGCUCCACUGAACCCUAAAGCAAACCGUGAAAAGAUGACUCAGAUCAUGUUCGAAACUUUUAACUCGCCAGCCAUGUACGUCGCCAUUCAAGCUGUUCUGUCCCUGUAUGCCUCCGGUCGUACCACCGGUAUUGUUCUGGAUUCCGGAGAUGGGGUUUCUCACACUGUCCCAAUCUACGAAGGUUAUGCUCUGCCACAUGCUAUCCUCCGCCUGGACCUAGCCGGUCGCGAUCUCACUGACUAUCUGAUGAAAGUUUUGACUGAGCGCGGUUACUCUUUCACAACCACGGCUGAGCGCGAAAUCGUUCGCGAUAUCAAGGAAAAGCUGUGCUAUGUCGCCCUGGAUUUUGAGCAGGAAAUGGCAACCGCUGCUGCUUCCACCUCUUUGGAAAAAUCGUAUGAACUUCCCGAUGGGCAAGUCAUAACCAUCGGUAAUGAACGAUUCCGUUGUCCGGAAGCUCUCUUCCAACCAUCUUUCUUGGGUAUGGAAUCCUGUGGUAUUCACGAAACAGUCUACAAUUCGAUCAUGAAAUGCGACGUUGAUAUUCGUAAGGACCUAUACGCCAAUACCGUUCUAUCCGGCGGUACCACCAUGUAUCCGGGUAUUGCUGAUCGCAUGCAAAAGGAAAUCACCGCAUUGGCUCCAUCUUCAAUCAAAAUCAAAAUCAUUGCACCACCAGAAAGGAAGUAUUCCGUCUGGAUCGGUGGAUCCAUUCUAGCUUCUCUGUCCACCUUCCAGGCCAUGUGGAUCUCCAAACAGGAGUACGAUGAAUCGGGUCCGGGAAUAGUUCAUCGCAAGUGCUUCUAAAUAAGUGCAGAAAACAAAAUUCACAAUCAUCGCUCAAACGUGCCAAAGAUCUUAGAUAUGACUUUAUAGUAUUAUUGGUGUAGUGUGCCAUUUUUCCACAUUUGUCACCAGUAGAUUCCUUUUAUGAAAAUUUUCAAAUUAGAAAGUAUUUCAAUUAGGCCCUAAUUUCAAUUAGUUCUUUAACCUGUCUGUAUCUAGUUGUGAUCUCAAGCUACAUGAAGCAAAUCCUUAUUAACUCCUUGUAAUGAUCAGUUUUUUUUAUUAUGAGUUAACUAUCAUGGUGUGUAUGAGUUAAACUAAGAUCCUUUUUGUAACAACUAGUUGUUAGUGUAGACUUCAUUUGAAACAAAAUCUGUAAACUGAAAUGGUCAUGAAUCACUGCAAAAAUUUUUCUUAACUGUACUUCUCAGUAGCAGUAGACAGGUUCAAAAAUAC